AAUUUUUAUACAACAUUAAUAUGUAAAAUAUAUACUAUACCAAAUCAAAUUUUUUAACACGCAAUAAUACUACAUUCAAUUUUAUCUUAUAUUUUUUUUUUCCAGCAAAACCAAAUGACCCCAAUAUAUAAUUGGUCGGUUUGAUUUCAAAUUAAGUAGAUUUAAUUUUAUUUUUUUAUAUUUUAGGAGAUUUGGUUCCAAAUAACAGCUCCAGCUCAAUGGUCACAACCAAUCGCCGAACCGAACGUUUUCCUUUUUCUUACUGCCAAUUCAAAUCAAUCGCCUCUCUCUCUCUCUCUCUCUCUCUCUCUGUAUUCUUAGGCAGGAAACAGGGGCUAAUGCGAGCAUGGACGGCUGCGAUGUAACUCCGGCGAACUUUACCGUCUGCGUGACCGGUGCUACCGGCUACAUCGGCUCCUGGCUCGUCCGUUCCCUCCUGUGGCGAGGGUACUCCGUUCAUGCAACAGCUAGAGAUACCGGCAAGGCAUCCUUUCUUCUAUCACUCCCGAACGAUGCUCGCCGGCUAAAAAUCUUCAAAGCGGAUCUCAGCGAAGAAGGAAGCUUCGAUGAGGCCGUGAAGGGCUGCGUUGGUGUAUUCCAUGUCGCUGCGUCUAUGGAGUUCAGCGUAGAGCAUGAUGAAGCUAAUGAGGAAUAUGUGACUGAAAUGAUGAUGGAGGCAGCAGUGAAAGGGACAAUCAAUGUCCUACAAGCUUGUUUAAGGUCCAAGUCUGUUAAGAGGGUGGUUUUCACUUCUUCCAUUAGCACAAUCUCUGCAAAAAAAGAGGAAGGGGGAUGGAGAUCAUUAGUUGAUGAAUCAUCAGUUAACCCGAUUGAUGUAGUUUUGAAGACUAAGCCGUAUGGAUGGAUCUAUGUUGCAUCGAAACUUAUUACAGAGCAGAAGGCAUUUCAGUUUGCUAAGGAAAAUGCUAUCGAUCUGGUGUCGGUCAUCCCACCUACAGUGGCUGGUCCAUUCCUAACUUCCUCGGUUCCAGUCAGUGUCAAAGUUAUAUUAUCACCUCUCACAGGUGAUCCAAAUCUCCAUCCAAUAAUAGUCACAGUGCAAUCCAGAUUGGGAUCAAUCCCAUUAGUCCAUAUUGAAGACAUAUGCAAUGCACAGAUAUUCCUUAUGGAGAAUAAUGCAGCUGAAGGGCGAUAUAUCUGCUCCGCCAGCAGCUCCACCAUUCCUCAACUGGAAAAACUCCUCUCUGAGAGUCACCCUUCUUUCAGUCCUAAAAGGUCCGAUAAGGAAUUGCAUUGUAGAGCUCCAUCUGUGAUCUCUUCUAAGAAGCUUACUAACUUGGGCUUCCAGUUCAAGCACAGCAUCAAAGAGAUUGUAGAGCAGAGUGUUGCUUCUUGUACUGAGGUUGGUUAUUUAUAGCUUAACAUAGUAUUUUUCUCUCAGCUGCUUGUGAAUGAUUAUAGCUACAUGAACUUAUGUGCAAGCCGAUAUGAUAUGAACUAUUUUAUUUCUUAA